UCGUUCGCAAACGACACAGCGUCUGUAGAAACUGGUGUAGAACGUUUGGGCGUGUAUCUGAUGGUGUAUCCAUUUCCAUGAAUCCUCUCAAUGCGCAGGAAGCAGCGGAUUAAAAACUCCAGGAUAAGAGUGCUGUGUAAAGCCGUGAAUCUGCAGUGAAUCAUGAGCCGUGUGAUGAAGGUGCUGGCUGUAGUUUGUGUUCUCCUCAUGGUGGGACUUCCAGCUCUAGGAGGUGAGCACUCUCUGUUUUACAUCUACACGGCCCUCUCUAAACCUCUCAAUCUGCCUGGGAUCUAUGAGUUCAUUGCUAUGGGAAUGCUCAAUGAUCAAGUUAUCGACUACUAUGACAGCGAGACUCAGGCUAAGGUUCCUAAACAGGACUGGAUGAGAGAGAAGAUGCCACAGCAUUACUGGGAGAAAGGCACUCAGUCCCGCAAGAGCAAAGAGCAAUGGUUUAAGGUCAACAUGGACAUCCUGAUGGGACGUAUGGGACACAAUAAAUCUGACCUUCAUGUUCUUCAAUGGAGACAUGGCUGUGUGGUUGAUGAAGACACAGAUGGGAAUAUUAAAUUUGUGAGUGGAGUUGAUGAGUACAGCUACGAUGGCACUGAGUUCCUCUCCUUCGAUGAGGAAAACUCGAGGUGGAUUGCUCCAGUCCCAGCUGCUGUGCCGACCAAAAGGAAAUGGGAUGAUGUGCCCAUCCUUAACCAGUACACCAAGGCCUAUCUGGAGAAAGAGUGUGUGGACUGGCUCACCAAGUUCAUGGAGUAUGGAAAAGAAACAUUGAGAAAUAAGUCUCUACCAGGUGUGCAUGUAUUUGUGAAGAAAACAUUGACUAGCUCCAGCAAGUUGACCCUGACCUGCCUGGUCACAGACUUCUACCCUCGAGGUGUCGAGGUGCGAGUGAGGAAGUUCCAACAGUCCCUACCUGAACAUCUGGUAACUUCCUCAGGAAUAAGACCCAAUGGUGACGGCACCUACCAGCUGAGGAAGAGUGUGGAGAUCAUGGAGGAUGAACAAGCACAGUACGAUUGCUUUGUGACCCACAGCUCCAUCAAUGAAUCAAUAGUUAUGAAAUUGGGUGAGCACUCUCUGUUUUACAUCUACACGGCCCUCUCUAAACCUCUCAAUCUGCCUGGGAUCUAUGAGUUCAUUGCUAUGGGAAUGCUCAAUGAUCAAGUUAUCGACUACUAUGACAGCGAGACUCAGGCUAAGGUUCCUAAACAGGACUGGAUGAGAGAGAAGAUGCCACAGCAUUACUGGGAGAAAGGCACUCAGUCCCGCAAGAGCAAAGAGCAGUGGUUUAAGGUCAACAUGGACAUCCUGAUGGAACGUAUGGGACACAAUAAUUCUGACCUUCAUGUUCUUCAAUGGAGACAUGGCUGUGUGGUUGAUGAAGACACAGAUGGGAAUAUUAAAUUUGUGAGUGGAGUUGAUGAGUACAGCUACGAUGGCACUGAGUUCCUCUCCUUCGAUGAGAAAAACUCGAGGUGGAUUGCUCCAGUCCCAGCUGCUGAGCCGACCAAAAGGAAAUGGGAUGAUGUUCCCAUCCUUAACCUGUACACCAAGGGCUAUCUGGAGAAAGAGUGUGUGGACUGGCUCAAAAAGUUCAUGGAGUAUGGAAAAGAAACAUUGAGAAAUAAGUCUCUACCAGGUGUGCAUGUAUUUGUGAAGAAAACAUUGACUAGCUCCAGCAAGUUGACCCUGACCUGCCUGGUCACAGACUUCUACCCUCGAGGUGUCGAGGUGCGAGUGAGGAAGUUCCAAAAGUCCCUACCUGAACAUCUGGUAACUUCCUCAGGAAUAAGACCCAAUGGUGACGGCACCUACCAGCUGAGGAAGAGUGUGGAGAUCAUGGAGGAUGAACAAGCACAGUACGAUUGCUUUGUGACCCACAGCUCCAUCAGUGAAUCAAUAGUUAUGAAAUUGGAUACACGUCUAAAACCUGAGGAUCUGAGAGCUGUUAUUUUGUGAUUGCUUGAUGACAGCUGAACCAGUUCAUAUUUUUCCAGCAUGGCAACUCCAAAAGUAUACAGCAGUGAAAUGUUUAAAAUGUUGAGUCCACAACUGUUCAUGUGAAAAUUUGUAUCAUCUAAUUAAUUUCAUUUAAACUUAAUCACUUCUUUAAAUGUAAUUACUGCUACUACAGUACUUUUGCAUAUUGUGGCAUAAAAAAUACAAACGCAAUCGUUCGGCCCUGAAGAUGAAAGGGAAAAAAAAUGUGUGUGUGUGGAUGAUAUAAUUUUUUUCAUUUGACACUUUCUCAUUGUUAGAUCUCUUUUUUAUAUAUAAAUAAAUCAUUUGUAUGAUGGACUGAGCUCACUUCCGGGAUGUAGUUCCAUCUUGCACCAGAUGUUUCUGGGAUAGACCCUGAAUCCCACCAUCACUCUGACCAGGAGUAAGAAGUGUCUGAAGAUUUAAUCAUAAUAAUAAUUCUAAGUGUAAUGUGGUGGCUGUCCUCAUCUCCAUUAUAAUCUUUGUAAAACUGAAUUUUACUUUCACAUUCUGUCUUUCUUUGUUAUCCAUAAAUAAAAAAAAACAUUAUCAUA